CGUGAUGCUACAACCUCCUUAUAAAGCCACCCUGACGUCCUGCCGUGGAAAUUAGAGCCUUCCAAUUGAGGUCCCGCUCACCCGACAACUCGCAGGCACACUUCCGGACCGAACACCACCACCACAGCCGCUCUUAUCUCCGCCGCCAUGACAUGGAGCGACGUUCCGGACAUGCUCCGCGGGGCCGAGACGCCUCUCUUUUGGGUCGGCGCCUUCGCGGUGGCCUCGCUGCUUCUGUGGCUCCUCUACCGGCUCCUCUCCGGCUUCAGGGUGUGGGUGCUGGGCAACGGGCAGCUGAUCUCCCCCCGUCUGGGCAAGUGGGCAGUUGUGACGGGAGCCACUGAUGGAAUUGGGAAAUCUUAUGCGGAGGAGCUUGCUCGUCGAGGGUUUGCCAUGGUGUUGAUCAGCCGCUCCCAACACAAGCUGGAUGAUGUGGCCAGGUCACUUGAGGACCAGUUUGGAGUGGAGACAAAGACCAUUGCGGUGGACUACGGCAAGACAAACAUCUACCCCUCCAUCGAGGCGGGACUUUCGGGCCUGGAGAUCGGCGUGCUUGUCAAUAAUGUUGGCGUGUCCUAUCCAUACCCUGAGUACUACCUCCGUAUUCCUGAUUUGGACAAUUUUAUCACCAACAUGAUCAACGUCAACAUGACUUCGGUGUGCCAGAUGACCCGCCUGGUGCUGCCCAGAAUGGCUGAAAGAUCCAAAGGCGUGAUCCUCAACAUCUCCUCGGCCAGCGGCAUGUACCCCGUCCCUCUGCUCACCAUCUACUCCGCCACAAAGGCCUUUGUGGACUUUUUCUCCCGUGGCCUCCAGGAGGAGUACAGGCGUCAGGGCAUCGUCAUCCAGAGCGUGCUGCCGUUCUUUGUGGUCACCAAGAUGACCCGCAUCAGGAAGCCCACCCUGGACAAGCCCACCCCGGAGCGCUACGUGGCCGCCGAACUCAACACCGUGGGCCUGCAGAGUCAGACCAACGGAUACUUCCCCCACGCCGUCAUGGGCUGGGUGACCACCAAGCUAGUGCCCAUCGGCAUCGUCAUCUUCCUGGGAGCGCGCAUGAACCGACUCCAGCGCACAGGAUACCUGCAUAGGAGGAAGCUGCGCGAGCAGAAGAACGGAACUGGCUUGAAGACGGACUAAGAACACUAAUGUGACUUGAACGCAGUGUUUAAGUGUGUGUGUGCGUGCGUGCGUGUGCAAGUUCUCCUUUUGGGGGGGUCCAAUCAAAGAACGAAGGCGUGUGACCGUGUGUGUGAUCCUGAAGAUCCUCCACAAAGGAACUUGUUACUUGAGAUUAGAUGCUACGGCCUGGAAAAAAUACAUAAAAAAUAAAGUGGUUUGUUAAACCCUGCUGUUGUAAGCAGUGGAAAAUGGUGAUGGGCUUUUAUAUAUUUUAUAUAUAUAUAUAUAUAUAUAUAUAUUCAUUCAGUGUAUAUAUACAUGUAAAAUUAUUUAUUUUAUAUUUGUACAAAACCACACACAUGACAACCUGAUGCUUUAAGACUGGGUUUCAGCCAUCUCAUUUUUCUUGUGAUGAGCCUAAGAAACUGCUUGUUUAGUCCCGUACGGUGAAGUGUUGUGACACUUGAUGUAUUAUGCGACGACUGCUUGUGGCCAUGCUGUUCCAAACCGAUGCGUCACCGUUUAGUUUUUGUUCUCUUAUUUUGUUUGGAUUGACGAGCUCCACAGAAGUGCCAUUCCAUGGUCGUUGAUGCUGGAAUUACAUGGGAACAACUACAUUUUGCCUUUCUUCACACGGGUGUCCCAUUCUGGUGUGCACCCACAGCAACGGGCAAUAAAAUUUCACGAUAAACGUUUCACGUUGGCUGCCUCACGCAUUUUCAGCGGUGACUGUGCGACUUUGGUGUAUGCAAUGCUCUGAUGAGUGUCUCUUGGGUGUAAGCAAUAUUUUUAAAAUGCUUGAUUUUUCCACUUUAUUUGUAUAAUGCUGCACUGUUUGUUUCUUAUUGUAGCUUCUUAUUUUUGCUACUGUUUGCUAAUAAAAGUAUACAUUUGA